AUGGUAUUGACGGAGGCAGCGUUCACCACAGUGAUGGUAUUGACGGAGGCAGCGUUCACCAGUGCUGGUAUUGACGGAGGCAGCGUUUACCACAGUGCUGGUAUUGACGGAGGCAGCGUUUACCACAGUGCUGGUAUUGACGGAGGCAGCGUUUACUACACUGCUGGUAUUGACGGAGGCAGCGUUUACCACACUGCUGGUAUUGACGGAGGCAACGUUCACCACAGUGCUGGUAUUGACGGAGGCAGCGUUUACUACACUGCUGGUAUUGACGGAGGCAGCGUUUACCACAGUGCUGGUAUUGACGGAGGCAGCGUUCACCACAGUGCUGGUAUUGACGGAGGCAGCGUUUACUACACUGCUGGUAUUGACGGAGGCAGCGUUUACCACACUGCUGGUAUUGACGGAGGCAGCGUUUACCACAGUGCUGGUAUUGACGGAGGCAGCGUUCACCACAGUGCUGGUAUUGACGGAGGCAGCGUUUACUACACUGCUGGUAUUGACGGCGGUAGCAGCGUUCACCACAGUGCUGGUAUUGACGGCGGUAGCAGCGUUUACCACAGUGACCCUCACCCACCAGAGUUGAUCAUUUAA